GUGUAAUGUUAUGCCACUGAACAAGAAAAUAUCAAAAGGCAUUUUGCUCUCCUGGGUGCUUGUGGAGCUGGUCAAGACCACGCUUCACGGUGUUGGACUGGUGUGCUAGCGAAGACGGAGUCGUGUAUUUCGUCAUUGACAUGGGUGUUGUCUGCAGUGAACGUUGUCACUUUAUUUUCAAGGCACUGAUAGAGUGACUGCACUAUCAGUCCAAAUCAGCUGGUUCCAAAUCCAGCUGAUGGAAAAACUUUUUUUCGCAUCACAAAUCACAUGAUCAGCAGCUGGAUGUUACAAGGCUUCACUGUAAUAGAGUACAGUGCAGCAUCAUGAUGAAGAGUCUCCUGCUGGCAGCCUGGAUUUUAUCAGCCUGCCUCAGUUUUUCCUCGUCCCAAGAACGUCAGUACUACUUAGUCAACGAGCCUCUGAAAUGGGAUCAGGCUCAGAGCUACUGCAGAAAGCACCACACAGACCUGGCUACCAUCGAAAACUUAAAAGACGAGAAGCAAUUCCUCGACAUUGUUUCGUCUAUUAAAAGCGACGUUUGGAUUGGUCUAUACAGCAAUAUCAGCUGGACAUGGUCUCACAUACUGAACAGUGACGAGUACAGAAACUGGGAGAGUUCCGAUUACGAUCCCGACUUUAUUUCAGCCAAUCAGUUCUGUGUGUGCAUUGGAGACAAUGGAAGAUGGUGGGACUACGACUGUGCGAAAAAACUCCCAUUUGUUUGUUAUAAUGCAGGGACAAGUGAGUUUGUGGCUGUAGAUGAAGCAAUGAAUUGGUCCACUGCUCGUUCAUACUGCCAGAGGAAGUUCACAGACCUGGCCACAAUCGGGAACAGCACAGAGAACCAACGGGUUCAAACCCUGGUACCGACUGGAAACUGGGCAUGGACUGGUCUAUAUAGAAAUGAAAACAUUUACUGGUCUGAUCAGAGUCGCUUCGGGUUCAGCAACUGGGAUCACGUAUCGAAUAUGAUUGGUUCCAACGCACGAAUGUGCGGAGCUACGUCCAAAGCAAGAUCUGCAAAAUGGAAGUUUUCACCCUGUGAUUGGUCACGGCCGUUUGUGUGCUACUCGUUCAAAGUGAUGAAGAGAAUAGUGAAGAUAAAACUGAGACCAACAGGUGCUUUGGAUUUGAGUGACCCCAAACAGAAAGCUCAACUCCUGAGAAAGCUCCAGGAAAAAUUACAUGAAAGUGCAAAGUUGACAUUCGUUGAGCAGCCGAAGAAGGUCAAGAAAAAGACUGAAUUAUAGAAUAUGCACUCCAGUUUUCCACUCUUCUUUUGGAGGCAGUUUAGUCACUUGCGACUCGGGAUCUGAUGGACUUCUAAUGUACAGUAAAGAGGACAUCUUAGUCUUUCUAAUAGUGAUUAUUCAGUAAGGUAUUCUUUUGAAUUUGAAUGCAUCUUCAUAGGUACCCCAAAACUGUAUUAAAUCCAGUAAUUUAUUUUAACAGGAGACUAGUAUGUUUUUUAAUGUCAUCAUAUACAGACAAUAUAUUUAAAAGAUUUAUUUUUUAUUUUCACUGAAUAAUUACAAAAAUCCAAAUUUCACUUUUUUGGAAUAGUUGAAAAUGGCUGAAUUUGUUUUUACUUCACUAUACUUUUCAGGCAUCGGCUAUUCCUAUUGUUUUUGCACCUUUGUCUACCUAUUUUUUUCAUUUGUGUGAUCAGCAGGGAACUGACAAGUAAGCAGUCGUCCUCCAUGACUGCUUAGCCCAUAAUAUAACUUUUAUGUAUUUAAAAAAAUAUAUAAAUUGUUUAUCCUGAAGAAACAGAUUUUGGGGGUUUGUUCAGCUGUAAUCAUUAAAAUCAACAAGA